AUGUUAAAAGUGAUUUACAUCCUCACGAUUGCCGGUUGUUUACAUUCGCCAGUGACUUUCGGUCGCGAACAGCAGAACCAUUACACCGCGGACACUUCCAAUGGGCUGACAUUUACGCCGUCCGGUACGGCCGGAUACGCACGGGCAGGAGGCUACACGCCAAAUGCCAGGUUUAACCGGCGAAAGAAGACGGAAAAGUUGCACCAGGAUGGUAGCGCACCGUACCGGGACGAGGAGGACACGAUCGAGCCGGGCGUGUGUCAGGUGUACACGGGUGCCACCUGCGAACAGUACCUUCGCAAUCAAACCGUCUUCGUGACGCCGGACAUCACGAUGGAAACGCUCGAGGAGCGACUGAAGGCGGCGUACGGUGUGAUCCGUGAGUCGAAGGACAUGAACGCCAACUGUCGCGUGUACGCGCUGCCCAGCCUGUGCUACAGCAUUCUGCCCGUGUGCCGUACGCCCGAGCUGACCAACCAUCAGUACUUUGCCAACCGGGCUGCGGCCGACGCAGCACGCCGUGCAGCCACCAUCGGCCGGGGGAAGUUUAAAGCGCACGAGAAGAAAAAUAACCGCAAACAGCUGCUGCUAAAAGCGGCCCAUUCAACGCCCGCACCGCCGUACGUGAGCACUGUAGUGAGUAGUAGUGUGUCUGCCCUGUUCAACGAUACGCCAACCACGACGGAACGGCUUCGGAUAUACUUUCAAGGCGGUGUGACACCGAACUUCGGAGGACAUUUUUUCGACGGUGAAAUCGUUACGGAAAAUUCCGCCGGCGGACGGGGGCGGCGAGCCGCCCAGCAGGACUAUCGGUACGUUCAACCGGGCGACGAAAUAUCCGUCCUAUCGUACACCUCGUCGUCGGGUCCGAAAAAAUCCUACCCACCAACAAGGAACACCGAAAACCUGCGCCGCAUCUGCCGCAACGAUUGUGAGCUGCUGGAAAAUGAGCUGUGCCAGAAGGAGUACGCGAUUGCGAAGCGACAUCCUACCAUCGGGCAAAAGCUACCGCUAGAGGAGUGUGACGAUUUGCCGCUGCAGCAAAGUGUCGACGGGACGAUCCUGAAUGGGAUCGGUGGGCUUGGCAGUUCGGGCGAUAUGGAGUGUAUGCGGCUGGGAAUUGAUUUAGACAUCAAGCCGAACGAUGACUGUUACUGGGAGAAUGGGGCGAGUUACCGCGGCAUUAUGGAUCGGACCAAGUCGUCCAAAAUUUGUAUGCGCUGGUCCAAGCUGAUGCACACGAUGUCGGAGUUCCCGCACCUUGCCGGACACAACUAUUGCCGAAACCCACCACAUGCCGGCCCAAUGGAUGCACCCUGGUGCUACGUGGACAUGCAGAAGACUAUCGAGUACUGCGACAUUCCGAAGUGCUCCGAGCGAAUGUGGAUGUACAUCAUCAUUGGGUUUAUAGCCGUCAUCUCCCCGCUGUUCAUCGGCGUAGCCGUGUUCUGCUGCCGGAAAUAUCGCAAACAUGGCGUAUCCAACAUCCAGAAUAUUAACUUACCAAAUGCGGACAAAAACAUUUACGGCAAUUCACGACUCAACUCACCGAUCGAGAUGACGUCCCUGAUAGCGAACCAAUCGUCAACCGGUGCCGCUAGCAGGAAUGCAGAAAAUGGUGGCAUCCAGGGUUUAACUACCGGCCAGCCCGGUACCGGUGGUAGUGCCGGCCAGUCGUCCCAGUCGCGUAACAACGGUAUCUCGCGCGUUCCCCAGUACACGCUGCAGGACGUGCGCUUCGUCGAGGAGCUGGGCGAGGGCGCGUUCGGCAAGGUGUACAAGGGCGAACUGACGCAGAAGAACGGCGAGCGGAUCUUCGUCGCAGUGAAGGCGCUGAAGGAGAACGCGAGCGCGAAAACGCAAGCCGACUUUAAGCGCGAGAUCGAGUUGAUAUCCGACCUGAAGCAUGACAACAUCGUCUGCAUCCUGGGUGUGGUGCUCAAGGAGGAACCGCUCUGCAUGCUGUUCGAGUAUAUGGCACAGGGCGAUCUGCACGAGUUUCUGAUCGCAAACUCACCGAACGAGGGCAAAUCGUUGAGCCAGCUGCAGUUUUUGCUGAUUGCCCAGCAGAUAUGCGAUGGCAUGGAGUACCUGGCGAGUCACCAUUACGUGCAUCGCGAUUUGGCCGCACGGAACUGUCUGGUGGGCGAUAGUUUGACGGUGAAAAUUUCCGACUUUGGGCUGUCGAGGGAUAUCUACAGCUCGGAUUACUAUCGAGUUCAAUCAAAGUCACUCCUGCCCGUACGCUGGAUGCCUUCGGAGUCGAUUCUUUAUGGCAAAUUCACGACCGAGAGUGACGUUUGGUCAUUCGGGGUGGUGUUGUGGGAAAUUUAUAGCUACGGUUUGCAGCCAUACUACGGGUACAGCAACCAGGAAGUUAUCAAUAUGGUUCGGGCCAGGCAACUGUUACCUUGUCCCGAAUCCUGCCCCAGUGCGGUUUACUCGCUGAUGGUAGAAUGUUGGCAUGAGCAGGCGGUACGCAGACCAACAUUCCCGGAGAUUGGCCAUCGGUUGAAAAUAUGGUAUCAAGCACAGAAGAGAAGUGAACAAAACGAGCAAGGAGGUUUCAAUCGCAAGGGCUCAAUGUUAAGUGUCAAUACAAACCGCAUGUCCUCGCAGGGCAACCUAAACAUUGCCACUCCGUCAUCAUCCUCCAGCCAUCAUUCGUUGAGCAGGGAGCGUAACGGUGAUGGACGAACGGAUCCGCAGCUACAGCAACAACAGCUGCAGCAACAACUGCCGCUUCUCCCCCAACCGCAGCAGCGAAAGCAUCAUCAUCAUUCGCUGGAACGUGAGAAAAUCUUACGGACGAACCAAUUACAACAUCAACAGCAGCAGCAUCAACAACAACAACAGCAGCUGCAACAAACCUCCCCUCAGGUUGGGCCACCACAUUCGGUCACAUCUCGACCACACCAUCAGCAUCAUCAGCAUCAUCAUUCACUAGAUCGUAGCAACAACGGCACGGGUCGGAUGGAUGAAUCCGCCAGUUCUGCCGGUGAUCAGUUCGAAACGCAGAGCAACCGUAGCUUCUAUCACAAUGCAAGCGCUAGCCGAAGCAACAAAAGCAUCCAUUCGAUGCAGGAACCAGCGCAGCAUCACCAUCAUGCCCAUGCCCAUCAGCAUCAUUCGCACGGGCAGCAACAACCCCAGCAACCGAUGGGAGGGCACGCGCAAGGAUACAAAAAUUUCAGCCUGCCCCGUAAAAGCAUCGACAGUGGAGUUGAAUAUGGGAUCGACGCGGAUUUCGCCGGUGUGGUAACGAGCAGUCCCGGAUAUCAAGGAGCUGCCGGUCGGGCGGAAAUGAAAGCACGCCCUCCAAAGGAUCCACAUCGGCAUCACCAUCAUCACCAUCACCACGGUUCGGGGCGUAACAGCAGAAAUCGCAUCGAUGCGGUGGUCGCAACAGUUGGUAGCUCCAUAUCGUCGCUGCCUGGUAGCAGCGAUCUAGCGUCCGAGCUCGACCGUCAAGCACAGCAUAUACCAAAGAACAGCACACAAUCGUUGGUGGCCGGAAACCAACCGAUGGUACCACCGCCCAACCAAGGAAUGCCACCGAUCGGGCGCAAACCGAGCCAUAGUGGAAGUAUCCUCAGCGUUGCCAGCAGUACGAGCGAACAGUGCGGCGGUGGAGGCAUCAGUUCCUUUCAGCCCGGUUUCAGUUCACCUUCGCCGACCGUACAGUCCGUUGGGAAUGGUGUAGUCGGUGGCGGCGACCCAAUGUUGCCCCAGAACGCACUAAUGCAAUCAUCCUACCACGAAGGAUAA